AGGAUAAGCGUUUAUAUAUUUUUGAUGCUGAGUUUUUUUUUUUUAAAAACGGAAAUGGCGAAUCUAUUCACCGUUACAGCUCCUUUCCUUUCAAAGCCGUUUACCAAAACGGCACCGUAUCAACUCUGUUGCGCUUCUUCUUCAGAUCCUCCGGAGCAGAACCCUCCUUCUCAGCCAGAGUCUUCUCCUCCACCUCCGUCUCAAUCCAUAAGGACGGAGCAACCGAAAAGGAAGAAGAGCGUGGAUACAACGGAUUGGGUUGCUUCUUCCUUAACGCGACGGUUUGGAAUCGGCGCUGGUCUUGCCUGGGCAGGGUUUCUAGCUUUUGGUGUUAUCUCAGAACAGAUCAAAACACGGUUUGAGGUUUCUCAAGAAGAAGCUAACACAAGAGACGUAGAAGAAGAGAAAGAGAUUGUUUUGCCCAAUGGCAUAAGGUACUAUGAUCUACGGCUUGGAGGAGGGGCAACACCAAGAACAGGUGAUUUGGUAGUGAUUGAACUGAAGGGACAAGUGCAAGAAACCGGACAAGUGUUCGUGGACACAUUUGGAAGCAAAGACAAGAAGAAGCCACUGGCUCUUGUGGUGGGUUCAAAGCCAUAUAGCAAAGGAUUAUGCGAAGGCGUAGAUUAUGUUUUACGGUCGAUGAAGGCUGGAGGUAAAAGAAGAGUGAUCGUUCCAUCAUCUUUAGGAUUUGGUGAAGAGGGUGCUGAACUGGAAUCGGGUUUUGUGAUUCCGCCUUCUGCUUCGUUGGAGUAUGUAGUUGAGAUUGAAAGAGUCUCAAUUGCUCCUGCUUGAGUUCUAGAGCUAAUUAUGUGUUUGCUACUAUGUGUAUGAGAGAUAUUAUGGAGGGAAUAGGAUGAAUUUGGAACUAAAGGCAGGAAAACUUUCUCUGUAGAGGGAGCAGAAGAAGUUUCCAAUAAGAUAAUUAGCUAAACUUCUUGAUAAUAAUGGACCGAGAAACACUGGAAUUACUUUUGAUUAACUGAACUUCAAAAGUGACGAUGAAACAUAGCAAAUAUAAUGAUUUUCUAGAUUUUGA